CAAACCGAAAAUAGCUGGAGAUAACCUCCAAUUCCUCCCACAUUUCCGUUUCCGUAUAUAGUAUUGUUGUUUGUUGACGUUUUAAAUUACAACAUUCCUUGGGUGUGAUGAAAAUUAACAGGCUUUCAUCAGUUCGAGAGUCAGUGCCAAGGCUGGAACAUCACAUAAAAUAACAGCCGAUAAUUAGAGUAGUCAUAGAAGAUUUGGAAAAAGUAUCUAUAAGAAAAAUUUAGGUUAUCUACUUCCAAAAAGAAAAUUAACAUUUUCUUUAAACUUCCAUUUUUACGAUGUCAUCUCAUCAUAGAUAUUCUACAGCAACGUCUUAUGUUUUACUUGCUGGAACAGGGAUUUAUUGUAUCGUAAAAUAUACAAAAUAUGAUGUCACUGAUAAUUUAGAUUUACCAUUAAUUACUUUUGGAGUAAUUGCGUUUCAUUCAUUACUUGGUGUAUGGAGAUGGGGUAACCCAGAUUAUGGUGGAAAAAUUUCAAAAUUCUUUGAUAUAACAUCACAUGUUCGAAACGCUUUAGCAUUAUCUUGUAUGACAGGAAAUAUGAUUAUAAAAGCUAGACAAGAUAAAUUUUUUGGUAUAACCAUUCCUGUAGUUUCCUCAAUUCCUUUGGUGAUGUCAUUUACUGAAGGUUGUGCUGUAAACGAAGAUUUUGUGGAUUUGCUAACUGCUAUUAACGUAAUUUUCUGUGGCUGGUUUUCAUAUUUAGACAAUGAAAAUAUGUGGGGCAUUGCGGCAGCGAUAUCAUACAUGUUUGCCAGAUUUGGUAGAUACGCCGAACGGGACAUUCCAGAUGAAGACUUGUCAAAUUUCGCGCUAUGCUUUUUUUCGUACUUUGCAUACCGAGCUUGUGGAGAAAUUACGGCCAAAGUUUUAUAAAUAAUUUAUUUUCUUUAAGAAAACAACGAUUUUAGAUGAGAUUUAUGCAUAUCAUAAGACUGUGGGCCAUGACUUAUAUUACAAUAUGUAUUUAUUCAACAUUUUAUAUAUAUGUAUUGUAUUCUU